AUGAUUUGCCUUCAUGACAUAGAUGGUGGAUAUCUUUUGAACGAUGAACUCAAGAUUGUUGUUGAGUUAUAUGUUCUUGAAGUUAUUGGCAAAUUAGAUGUACCAGAGGAAUCUAAGGAGGCAACCAAACCUCUGAAAACGAUGAAGCACAAUGAUGAUGACGAGGACAUCCCAGGAGAUUUGGUGGAUAUCAAUGGGUUUCAAGUUCUUCCUUCACAGGGUGAGGUUUGUGUCCUAUUGGUUUUGGUUUUGAUCACACCUUCUUUUUACUCAAAGGUGGGUUUAGCGAGGCUUAUCUUUGAAGAACACCCAGCGACUGCAUUAGAAAGCCGUACAAAGAACCAAAGUCUGAGGACAUCAUACAUGAAUCUCCUCCUAAGCCUCAUCAAGAUGCUCUUCAAAGGACCUGAGGAACAAUCCAAGGAUGNAUUAUCUCCAUUGUGGACUGNACAGAAGCUGCUCUGGUAUACAUGA